UACAUUUAUUUGUUUGUAUUUCUUUCAGAGGAAAUGUGAGCUAUAGUCCAGCCCAAGGAUUCAAAACAACAUUUCUCGUUCAGAAAAUAAAUGAUUCUCUGGCUCCAGUAAACCAGAAAGAAAGAAAGAAAGAAAGAAGCUGAUGAGGAAGGCGAUCUUUUGGUUUUAUACUGUAUAUUGUUUUAUGGGAAGCUUUGUGCUGCAGACAUGAAGAUCACAGACAGCGUGCUGCGGAGUUUCAGGGUUGCGAGGACAUAUCGAGAAAAUUCACAGAAAGUCAAUUGUGUGGAUUACAGCCCAAAUGGUGAAAAUGCAAUAUCAAGCAGCGACGACGACUGCAUUGUGUUAUAUGACAUCCGAGAAGGAAAGCCCUCACGGACCUUAUUCAGUAAAAAGUAUGGAGCAGACCUGAUCCGCUUCACACAUGGAGAUGCACAGACGGUGGUCUACAGCUCCAACAAGCUGGAUGAUACAAUCCGUUACCUGUCACUGAGUGACAACAAGUACAUCAGAUAUUUCCCCGGUCACACUGCAAGGGUUAUUGCUCUCUCCAUGUCACCAGUGGAUGAUAUGUUUAUCUCAGGCUCGUUGGAUAAGACGAUCCGGAUCUGGGAUCUGCGCUCUCCAAACUGUCAGGGUCUGACAAAUCCACUGGGGAAACCUGUUUGUUCCUUUGACCCUGAUGGACUGAUUUUUGCUGCAGGAGUUGAAUCGCAGGCCAUAAAAUUGUAUGACCUUCGUGCUUUUGACAAGGGUCCGUUUGCCUCCUUUGACAUGAGGCUGAAUCGGGUCUGUGAGUGGACUGGACUCAAAUUCAGCAACGAUGGGAAACAGAUUCUCAUCUCUACCAAUGGAGGGAUGAUUUGUGUCCUUAACGCUUUCAAUGGAUCUGUGCUGCACACUUUUUCUGGCUACAACAACAGUAAAGGUAUAUCUCUGGAAGCAUGCUUCACUCCCGACUCACAGUUCGUCAUGAUUGGCUCAGAGGAUGGGAGAGUCCAUGUUUGGAGCACUGAGAGUGGGAUGAAGGUGGCUGUGCUGGAUGGGAAACAUUCAGGACCCAUAAACACCUUGCAGUUUAACCCCAGAUACCUGACUUUUGCUAGUGCCUGCACUAACAUGACAUUUUGGCUCCCGUGUGUUGAUGACUUAUAGAGGGACGGUUCAGUGAUGUGGGGUACCUUAAUGUGUUGGACUGCCUCUUUUGGCAGCAUCAGAGUCUUUAGGUAUUUUUGGGGAAGAAAAGGUUUUUAUAUUUUUACCAACAGUAUUUUUUCAUCUUAAAAAUUGUUGAUGCCACAUGACAAAUACCUCCUUUUAAGAGUUGUCUUUUUAAAAAUAACUUUUGUACAUUUAUGCUAAACGAAUCUUAUUACACUGUAUCUUGAUGUAUCAUGUAUAAUACAACUGAUUAUCAGUGUUGUUAUUUGUGUAAAUAU